AUGUCAUCAAAUACCCGGGGGAACAAGAAUCAAGCACAAAUAAAUCAAUUAGUUUAUACUAGCCAGUACAGAAGAUAUUGGAUAUUGUAUGCGCGAAUUUUAAAACGUGAGCGCUACAACAUCAUCUGCGUUACAUACCAGUUUUUGUUCCUACUUAAGAGAUUUUGUAUCUCUUUUGGAAGUUUUGUUAACUUCUCGUAA